UCCGGCCCUUGCGAUUUGGGCUUGCGGAACCCGCACGAUGAAGUGCGUGUUCGUUACUGUAGGGACCACCAGCUUUGACGACCUCGUUGCGUGUGUGUCGGCGCGCGACAAUCUCCAAGUAAUCAAGAGCCUUGGUUACAACCGACUCAUCCUCCAGAUUGGUAGAGGAAUGGUGGUACCUGAACCAUUCAGUACUGAGUCAUUUACUCUGGAUGUUUACAGGUACAAGGACUCCUUAAAAGAAGAUCUUCAGAAAGCAGAUCUUGUUAUUAGUCACGCAGGGGCAGGAAGCUGUUUGGAGACUUUGGAAAAAGGAAAGCCAAUUGUGGUGGUUAUAAACGAAAAGUUGAUGAACAAUCAUCAGCUGGAAUUGGCAAAGCAGCUACACAAAGACGGACAUCUCUUCUACUGUACCUGCAGGGUCCCGACUUGUCCUGGGCAAGCCAGCCAGCCCACUGCUUCUGCUCCUGGGAAGUGCCAAGAUUCUGCUGCGCUGACUCCAGCUGCCUUCUUAUGCCUAGACUUUGGGCUGCUUUCCGGAUACCUGCGUAAACAAGUCCUUGUCCCUGCUACCCAUCCUGCCUGCAUCCUGCUUUUUCCUUCUUGCUACACUUCUGUUCCUCUCCCUCCCACCCCAACCCUCACCCUGCACAUAAUGCAUAAAGGAUGGAAAAAGUACUCCGCCCUGAAGUCUCUGAAUGAGGCAUCAAUGGAUGAAUAUUUAGGCAGCUUAGGGCUGUUUCGAAAGCUGACUGCCAAGGAUGCCUCUUGCCUCUUUCGGGCUAUUUCGGAGCAGUUGUUUUGCAGCCAGGUUCAUCAUUUGGAAAUCAGGAAGGCCUGUGUCUCAUAUAUGAGGGAAAAUCAACAAACUUUUGAGUCUUAUGUGGAGGGAUCUUUUGAGAAAUACCUGGAACGGUUGGGAGAUCCCAAGGAAAGUGCUGGCCAACUGGAAAUAAGAGCUCUUUCUCUAAUUUAUAAUCGGGAUUUCAUUCUUUAUCGCUCUCCUGGAAAACCUCCAACUUAUGUCACAGAUAAUGGCUAUGAAGACAAGAUUCUACUGUGCUAUUCAAGCAAUGGUCAUUAUGAUUCUGUGUACUCAAAGCAAUUUCAGUCAAGUGCAGCUGUUUGUCAGGCUGUGUUAUAUGAAAUUCUCUAUAAAGAUGUAUUUGUUGUGGAUGAAGAAGUGUUGAAAACUGCAGUUGAAUUGUUUCGAAGUAGUUCUAAGAAGAAUAGAAAUAAUGCUCUAACUGGAAGAGAGGAUGCCCAUGUUGAUGACAAGGAUUCAACUCAGGAUAGGAUGGAAGUAUGGGGUGCCUGCUGCAAUGCCGAAAAUAUACCAGAGGGCUACAGUCAAGGAACAGAAGAGGCAAAGUCUCCAGAAAAUCCAUCAAAGAUGCUCUUCCCCUAUAAGGUGCUCAAAGCCCUGGAUCCAGAAAUCUAUCGUAAUGUAGAAUUUGAUGUUUGGUUGGACAGCAGAAAAGAACUUCAAAAAUCUGAUUUCAUGGAGUAUGCUGGGAGACAGUACUAUUUGGGAGACAAGUGUCAGGUUCGCUUGGAAUCAGGGGGAAGAUACUAUAAUGCUCAUAUUCAGGAAGUUGGAAAUGAGAACAAUUCAGUAAAAGUUUUCAUUGAAGAACUGGCAGAAAAGCAUCUUGUUCCACUGGCUAACUUAAAACCAGUUACCCAAGUGGCACCUGUUCCUCCUGCCUGGAAUGCUGUGCCUAGUCGGAAAGGAAGAGGUUACCAGAAAAUGCCUGGGGCCUAUGUCCCAGAAAUAGCUAUGUCAGAGAUGGAUGUGAAGCAGCGGAAGAAGAUGUUCAAGAAACUUCGAGGGAGAGACUUUUGUAUAAAUACGGCUUACAACAGGGGAGACUCCUUUCUCCCACCCAGGCUUCAGCACAGUGUGUAUUAUGGGCAUGAUCCUCCAAUGCACUACUCACAGACAACUGGCAACAUUAUGUCUAGUGAACAUUUUUAUCCUCAACGUUCAUCUCAGAGACAAAGUCGGGGAUGUGGGAUGCCCAGGGAUUCAUCUCGUUUUAUAAACAGGCAAAACGUGGCGGGUCCUAAAAUUGGUUAUUACCCUGGGCCAGGUAAAAGAUGCUGCCAGAGCUAUGAUAAUUUCUCCUAUAGAUCUCGUUCCUUUAGACGUAGUCACCGCCAGAUGCAUUGUAUGAAUAAGGAGUGUCAGUAUGGCUUUGCCCCAGAGAAUGGACAGAUGCCCAGGGGUUUGGAAGAAACUAUUACUUUUUAUGAAGUUGAAGAAGGGGAUGGGACUGCUUAUCCAACUUUACCUAAUGGAGGUCCCCCUACAAUGGUUCCUGUUGCUUCGGGAUACUGUGUUGCAAGGCGGGGACGUGGCUCAGGCAAACAAACUUUGAAUUCAGAGGAGAACAAUGGCCAGAGUGACAAUGGGGAAUAUCAUGAAGAAUAUCUUUAUGGUUCAGAGCCAGACUAUGAAACUUCAGGUGUUUAUAGCACAACUGCAUCUACAGCAAACUUGGUGAUGGGAAAUUCUGCAGCAAUUGCAGCUUCCUGUGCCAAUAACGUUCCAGCUCCAGUCUUAUCUAACUGUGCAACAGCUAAUCAAGCUGGUAGUUGCACUUCAGUUUCUUCACAGAAUGGUAUACAACCUAUAUUUGUAUCUCCACCUACACAAGGCAGGCCAGUGAUUGCUUCACCAUCCUAUCCAUACCAGUCUGUUCCUAUUCCUGCUGCUGCUGCCUCUCUACCACCACCACCGCCACCACCACUUCCUCCUCCUCCUCCCCCUCUUCUUGAUGUGGGAGACACUUCAGGCUUACCACCACCACCUCCACCUUAUUCCUGUGAUCCAAGUGGUAGUGAUCUGCCUCAAGACACAAGAGUUCUGCAGUACUAUUUCAAUCUCGGAUUGCAGUGCUAUCACCAUAACUACUGGCACUCCAUGGUCUGUGUGCCACAGAUGCAGCAGCAGCUUCAUGUAGAGAAUUAUCCAGUGUAUACUGAGCCACCACCUCUGGUAGAUCAAACCAUUCCUCACUUGUACGGUGAGGCAGGGAGAGCAGAUGGCACACAGGCAGAAGCAUCAGCAAAUGGUACUUUUAUGAAUGCUGACCCUACGUCUGUCCCUCAUGGAGCAGUCUAUUAUCCAGUAAUGUCAGAUCCCUAUGGGCAGCCACCUUUGCCAGGGUUUGAUUCCUGCCUUCCUGUUGUGCCAGAUUAUCCCUGUGUUGUCCCCUGGCAUCCAGUUGGUGCAGCAUAUGGUAAUUCUUCUCAAAUUCACGGUGCUGUAAAUCCUGGGCCAGUUGGCUAUAUUGCUUCACCUCCCUCAGCUUCUCAUUAUGCACCUCAGAAUAUGUAAGAUUCAGCAGUAUGACAUAUUUUUGCACUGCCAUUUUCUUGCUGUUUGGGUUUUUUAAAAGUUAUUUUAUGUUUGGUGUUUAAGUGCUUUAGGUGGUUAGAGUGGUUACUAUUGUAUCUGUCUUUAAGAUUAUUUUAUCUUUUGAUUUAAAAUAGUACUUUAAGAUAAAGGAAUAUGACUUAGGGCUAUGAAUAAGUAAAUUGAGAUGGAUGUACAACUAGCCCAGUAUUGAGCAUAGUUCAUUGUAUUCAGCUAUUUUCCUGUCAGCCAGCUUGUCAACUUUGUAUUAGCUGAUGGUACCAAUUGAUAAAAGAAAUAAGUCAUACAAACUAUUUCCUUGGUUCACAUAUCAUAUUAAACCAUGCAGAAUUUGAAUAACUUCCACUUAUUUCUAGAAAGUAAAACAAAACCCAGGAGCAUUUACUUCUGGGUAACUCACUUAAAAUUAAAUGAGAGCUCUUCAGGUGUCUUAAGAAUUGUCUCAGCUGAGUUGUGUUCUAUAAUAUUGAUCAGUUUUGAAGGCACAUGGUGCUCUGCUUUAAAUUUAUCCCAUAUGCUAUUGUUUGAUGUUGGAUUUCUGUAAGUGUUUUACUGCACAGUAUUGAAUUGGUGUCUUUUGCACAGUUAGAAAUAAAUAAAAACUAGCAUUUAAAAUUGC